AUGGGCUUUUUGGCCAUUCUGCUGCGAUAUGGCGAGCGAGGAGGUUUCCAGCCAUGCAUAGAUGGCAUCAAGCGAAAAUGUCGCGCAGCGGUCUGGCUGCUGACGUGUGGUCACUGCUGUCACUGCUGGCCCUGCAGCAAGCUCUGGAGCCUCUGCCGUAGGCGGAACUCCGGAUCUUCCGAGUCGAAGUGGAGAUGCUGUUGCUGUUUGCCGUGCGUUUCUUGGAGCUCUUGUCCACUGUGCGUCAAGGAUGACAUGAAUCAGCGCCCAGAAGUCCUGGAGGAGGGAAAGGCAGAAGACACGUCGAAGGACGGAUUCUGCUUCCGCUGGUACUGGUUCCAUUUGGCUGGGCAAGCUGGCUUCAUCGUCCGAGAAAUGUUUGUUAUCCAGAUGCUGGACGGCUGGUACUGGGAGGUUUGCGCAGCAAACAUCGCCAUGUGGAUGGUCGUUGUCUUCACCGCGCGGCAGAUUUGGCAGUUCGCCAAAGUCCGGGCACAGUCGCCGAAGGCGGUUGACCAGAUUUUGGACAUGCUUUUGCUGCCCAUCAACUAUGGCUUCCUCUGCGCGCUUUGCGUCCGAGUUUUAAAGCUGGAGAACACCGAGCAGAAUCGCAUGAUUGUGUCUGCCGUGAUCGACAGCGCCGACAUUUGGGAGGCCUGGGCGCUUUGGUCCGUGCUGAAGCUUUUUGUCAAGAUCGUUGACAGUGCUUCUGCCAAGGUCGUGGAGAGGGACAAGAUGAAGGCCCCGCAGGAGCUCGGACGAGAAGGCGAGCGAGAAAGCGUCAAGGCGCCGACCAGAAGCCGGAAGCGUGAGGCCGAGGCUAUUGAGGACCUCGUGCGAAAGGUGGAGUCGGAGCCGCUGGAAGCGCUGAAGCGCACCACCAGCGCUCCGGCGGGCAGGUGGCAGAACCGUGGCAUCGAGCGCGCCAUCUCAGAGGAGCGUCUCGGUUCGCGACAGAAGUGCGUGGAAGACGAGGUACAGGAUGACGAUUCACAUCACCUGUUUCAUUGCUGGGGCGCGCAGCAUUUCAGUGAACAGCUUGAGCAGCCUGCUUUGGAGCCCCCUGUCCAUGCACCCGAGGCACAGGUGACACCUGAGACGGACGUGAGCGAGGCCUCUGCGUCCGUGGUGCUUGCGGCGGAAGGAAGCCCCGAGAAGCACGGCACGGACCAUUGGUUUCUCAAGGUUGUAGCGCUCACGAAAUCCGUGCACCUCACCGUGGUGCAGGCGUGGGUGUCGCUUUUGAUCCUGGCGACCAUGGGCGAAAUCUUCGUGAAGGGCAUCGUUGCGCCGACCAUGCCCACGCUCUGCUACAAGGCCUAUGGAAAUUGCGACAAUUGCAACACCUGGUACGACCAGAACGUGCAGGUUACAACCCAAGCGAUCAUCUACGCGCUGUGUUCCUUCGCAUUGUUCUUCGUGUUCACAUUUGAACGCAUGUUCAAUAUUUUCUUGGAGCCCAUCGAGCCCUACUGGAAAUUCUGGGGCGUGAAGAUCGUGGUGAGCGUGACGUAUUUCCAAUGGCUCAUCAUCAAGUAUUUCCUGCGGCUGGAGGAUGAGCAGAUCUACCUGUGGCAUACCCUCUUGUGCUGCAUAGAAAUGCCUCUCCUGAGCCUCUUGCAUGCCACCUGUGCAUACCCCUACGGAAAAGAAUGGGUGACGGCUUUGCUGACGGAGCUCUGUGAGGAAGGCUCCACCUUCAAGAAACCCAAGCCGACUGCUGACGCUUGCUGCAAGAGGUUCAUGCAGUGUCUCCGUACCUUUGCACUGUUCGCCAUCAACGCGUCGGCAAGCGUGGUCAUCAUUUGUUGGUUUCUUCCGCCGGCUCUGGAUGCGCACCAGAUGCCCCCCUUCUACAACUUCACCUGCUCGCAAGCCAGUGUGCCUGGCUUUCUGCAGGAUCACCACCUGGGAAGCCACUGGAAGCUGCCAAGCUCUGGGCCCGGCGAGUGGCUUCCCCUCUGCGGGUCGCGCGCCUUUGGCUGCGAGCUGGGCUACCGGGGCAGCCCAGUGGUCUCCUGCUCCGCGGCGGGGCACAUGUACGUGUCUGGGACCUGUGAGCUGGUUGGGUGUGGGCCACCCAUCAAGGUUGAUCACGCUGAUCCUCAGAUUGAUGACCGGCAGGCCAGGCAAAACGGGUUCACCAGCGGCAUGACAUUGAAGUACAAAUGUGAACGCGGGUACAAGGGGCAACCGUCCGCGGUGUGUGGCAAUGACGGCAACUGGGUAGUGUACGAGGACAACAGGUGCCAGCUGAUCGGCUGUGGGUCCCUACAGACCUUCCUCCAGCAGUCGGUGCAGACGAGCAAGGCGGAACCUUGGCAGGCCAGCAUGGCCAUGGUCGAGAAGCAUGACCUGGAUCGGAGCUUCGUAGGUGAAGUGGUCCAUUUCAGAUGCUUGCCCGGCUACUGGGGCCGCCCUGUCGCCGCGUGUCACGAAGGAGGCCACUGGGACAUCACCGACGUUUGCGUGAAGUUCGAGACUUCCUCCAGAUGCGCCUGCAAACCCCGCUGGGAGCAUUGUGGUGGGUGGCUGCAGACUGACUGCAAGGACGACUACUUCGGCUGCUCCUUUGCCGGGAAGUCCUACUCCUGGUGCGAGGUGGAUCCUGGCUCGUGCCCAGAGGAAGCGCUGGGCCUUUUGGGAAUGGAACCCGCCUGGGACUACUGUGUGAGUGAUAACUUCGGCAUCAACUGGCGCCCAAGACAGGUCGCAGACAGAGGUGUCCUGCCUUCCACGACGGGACUGUACAUAGCAGGCGUUUUUCUCCUCGCUGCGGCAGUGUCUUAUUUGCUUGGUUGCGUCUUUGCACGGGCGUUGGCAUGGAUGUGCCAAGGGUUCUUCAGCCUCCUCCUGAAGGUCUUCGGCCUGCUUCUGCAGUGUGCCUCCAGAACCCCUGGCGCGCUGCGGCGCAGAGCUCGAAUCAUUCAGUGGCAAGUCUACUGGCAGUGUCGACAAGGCUCAGCUGCCUUGGCCGAGUGCUGGGCAAGUCUGCGACAGAGCCUGGAGGAGACGAGGCAACGCUUCAAGGCCUCGCUGGCGGAGGGCAUCUUCCAGAAUGGUCAGUGGGACAGGCAUGCCAUCGCGGAAGAAGGCCUCAGGCCCGAGAAGGGCUGGGCGGCUGACCGCCUGAGCUCGCCGCUGCUGCCGAGCGCGCCUCCAUAG